UAUUUUGAGUAUUGAGUUGCCUAUAUCGAGAGCGUGAGUCUCUCGUGUGGCAGCUCGUGCACCUUGCCGUCUCUGCAGGCCGUCAGACACAGUGCGAAACACGAUCGUGACAGGGAUGAUGUCACAUUUUACUAUCUGGAAAAUUUCUAAAUCAGUCUAACCUCCGGCCGCCCAACGAAAGCGACUCGCAGACUCGCAUCUUCGGCAAGUGUUGAUGGCAAUUGCGAGCAGAGAACGCAUCGCGUAGACACGGACACAUCAAUUUACACAACAGCGAUCAGCAGCAGGGCGAUUCAAAAUGCAAGUGUUCCUACGAUCGCCGAAUUUGCGCAACGGACAUUACGGCAUCAUAAAAAAAUGUUCGCUGCAUUGCAAUGUAAUCACCUGCCCAUCACUAAACAAGUCAUUUGAGUUCAACAAAGAGCACCCGGCUUCAAAAUCCAACACUUUGUCGCGACCCCAGCCGCUACUUUCGUUCCUUCUGCGGCCUAACACGUUACCAUUGUCGGUGCGCCACAUAUCCACCACACCGAUUCGAUAUGAUGAGCCUUUGAAGCCUUCCUCGAAAGUGGAAGCAACAGUAAAGGCAAUCAAAGAAAAAGCAGAAAAGGAAGCCGCUGCUGUGCCAGCUGAAACACCUCCCAAAGCUGUGGUGAAAAAGAGUAUAAAAGAUAAAGUCCUGGACGAACUGCGUCACUACUAUCAUGGAUUCAGGCUGCUUUUCAUUGACAUACGAAUUUCGUACGGAUUACUAUGGCGAGUACUCAAUGGUAACACAUUAACACGUCGAGAAUAUCGCUUGUUAAUGCGCACUGUGGGUGACAUGUUCCGCCUGGUACCAUUUUCUGUUUUCCUCAUCGUACCCUUCAUGGAAUUCUUGCUGCCGUUUUUUAUAAAAUUCUUCCCUGGUAUGCUGCCGUCCACUUUUCAGUCUGCGACCGAGAAAGAGGAUAAACUCAAGCAGAGCUUGAAAGUUAAGCUGGAAAUGGCGAAAUUCUUACAGCAGACUUUGGAUGACAUGUCCGUGCAGCACAAGGACCAUAAUUCACAACAAGCGAAGGAAUUCUCUGAGUGGUUUAACAAGGUGCGCACCUCUGGAGAACAAGUAUCCAACGAGGAAAUCCUCAAAUUCUCUAAACUGUUUCAAGAUGAAAUCACGCUUGAUUCACUAUCAAGAAAUCAACUGGUUGCACUCUGUCGUGUGCUUGAGGUGCAGACUCUCGGCACUAAUAAUUUACUUCGUUUUCAAUUGAGGAUGAAGUUAAGAUCAUUAGCAGCCGAUGAUAAAAUGAUCCAGAAAGAAGGCGUGGAUUCUCUCAGCUUGUGGGAGGUGCAACAGGCGUGUCGUGCACGUGGCAUGCGUGCAUUUGGCGUCACAGAAGCGAGGUUACGUGCGCAGCUUCAGGAUUGGUUGGAUUUGAGCUUAAAUGAAAAAGUACCGCCAUCUUUACUGCUACUUUCACGCGCAUUGAUGUUACCAGAGACAAUUCCUACCAGUGAUAAACUUAAAGCGACUAUCAGCGCACUACCGGAUACUAUUGUAACACAGACCAAACAUGCGAUUGGCGAGAGUGAAGGUAAAAUCGACAACAAGGUACAACUGGAGGUUAUUAUGGAAGAGGCUAGGAAAAUUAAGGAAGAACGCAAGGAAUUGGGUGAGGAUAUUCUCGCGAUUGCCGAGAGACAAAUCCGUGAGAAAGAAUUACUCAAGGAUACUGCACCCAUAUUGACAGAUGAGUCAGGCGUGAAAGAUCCGCAUGUAGCACAACACUCAACUGUCAAGGAAAGUCACACACCUCCUCCGAAGUUAGAAGUGUUGCAUACCAAGGAUGUCGAGGCUUUGGAAGACGCGCUGGACGCGAUUUCCAAGGAGAAGAAACCGAUUGUUGAAAAGGCUGAGAUUGAAGAGUUGAAGGAGCAAAUGGCUGACUACACUGAAGAUGUACAGGAUUUGAAAAAGGCUGCGUUACCUGAUAUCAAAGAAACAAAAGCAGCGAAGAGGUUGUUUAAUCGCGUGACGAAGAUGAUCAGCGGUAUGGAUGAAGUGUUGCGUGAGUUGGAGAAGAAAGAAGCAAAACUUAAGAAGGAUAUGGACGUGGCUAAAGGUGCCAAGGAGGAGGAGCUGCUGAAAAUCGACGAGAUCAUGGCGGCCAUUAAGAAGAUUCAAAAAGUACCUGAUGAUUCGCGAUUGAAGCAAAUCGAGACGGUUUUGAGUAAAAUUGACGUCGAUCGGGAUGGAUCCAUUAAAGUUGAGGAUGUACUUAAGGUGAUUGAAAUUAUCGGUAAAGAGAAUGUACAGCUAAGUUCCAAGCAGGUAGAUGAACUUUUGGAGCUGCUCGACAAGGAGGAAAUCCUUGAAGUCGAAGACAAGAUUGAGAAAGCUCUCAAACGCGAAAUCGAAGCGAAAAUGAGCGCUGUCGCGCAUCCUGACGCUGGUGUGGUACCACCCCCAUCGGUGGCUACACCCACAACAACCACACCUUCUGAUUCCACCACUAGCACUACCACAGCAGCUCCCAAGGCUGACGAAACGAAAAAGACGAGUACAGCGGAUCCGAACGACGCCUCUAAAAAAGGAAGAGAUCCACGAUGAUAACGAUUGACGCGUGUGCCGACGUUUGUAAUUGUUAUUGAGUACACGAAUGUGAUGGCUGCGCCAAACAAACAAAAACUAAGUGCGAGACUAAUCAGCGCACGCGCUGCACACACAUACACUAAGAAACUUUACAAUAAAAUAAACAGAUGUAUAUUUAUAAUGUGUUGGGGGUUGCAGAAUAAUGUGUUGGUUCGAUUACGAAUGGUUCUAUUUUGUAAUAUUGAUUUUUGUCUGUGAGAUGGGUCUCUGGUGGUGUAAACCAAUUUUUGUAAAUAAUUUAGUAGCGAAAAUAAUUGAAUAUGGAACAACAUGUGUUGCAUACAUUA